AUGAAGUUACAGAGAAGACUUGCCUGCAGCAUCCUUCACUGUGGCAAAAAGAAGGUCUGGUUGGAUCCCAGCGAGACCGAUGAAACUGCUAAUGCCCACUCCAGUCAGCAGGUCUGGAAGCUGAUCGAAGGUGGGCUGAUCAUUUCCAAGCCUAUGACUGUCCAUUUCCAGGCUCAACGCUGGAAGAACACCUUGGCCUGCCAGAAGAUCAGUCUUAUGGGCAUAGAUAAGCUAAAGGGUACGGCCAAUGUGCAAAUGCUGGAGAAGGUAGCCUUGAUGAGGAGGAUAAGGAUUCUGCACCGGCUUCUCAGAAAACACCACGAAUCUAAGAUUGACUGCCACUUGCAUCACAGCCUGCAUUUGAUGAAGGGCAAUGUGUUCAAAAACAAGCAGAUUCUCACGGAACACAUUCACAAGCUGAAAGUAGACAAGGCUCACAAGAAGUUCCUGGCUGACCAGGCUGAGGCCCACAAGUCUAAGACCGAGGAAGCAUGCAAGCUCCCUGAAGAGCACCUCCAGGCCAAGAAGGAGAGCAUCAAGACUGUCCAAGAAAUAAAGGUCCCCCCGCCAUUGUUUGUACAUAGUGGCUUCAGUGACUACCUAGAUCAAUCAUUCAAAUAA